UAAUGACAUACCUCACCGUCCUGUUAGGGGCAAUAAAGAUUUGAGUAUCACUUCUCAACCCCACCGGCCACCAAAAUUUCACUAUAUAUACCUCCACAUCCUCUUAUCAUUUAAGCACCAGAGCUCCCUCUCUCUCUGUAUCUGCCUUGCACACUAAAAAUAAACAGAAAUUUACAUACACAUUGCUGUAAACAUGACUGCUCAGGUGGUUCAGGAGAAGAAUCUCACAGGAAUUCAUCACUUGGGAAUGGAAACCUACUCCCAGACAUCUCAUAAGAGGUUAGAGGGAAAGGUAGCAAUCGUGACAGGCGGGGCCAAAGGCAUCGGAGAGGCCACAGUUCGACUCUUCGUCAAGCACGGCGCCAAAGUUAUCAUCGCAGACGUCGAGGACUCACUCGGAAACGCACUCGCCAACACAUUAAGCCCCUCCGCUACUUACGUACAUUGUAACGUCAGCUCCGAAGAAGACAUCGAAUCCUUGAUCAAUUCCACCGUCUCUCGUCACGGACGUCUCGACAUCCUCUUCAACAAUGCCGGAGUCCUCGGAAACCAAUCCAAGCACAAAAGCAUUCUCAAUUUCGACGUCGACGAGUUCGAUCGUGUCAUGAACGUGAAUGUCCGCGGGGUGGCCUUGGGAAUGAAGCACGCGGCUCGUGUCAUGAUCCCGAAAGGCCACGGCUGCAUUAUUUCGACAUCUAGUGUGGCCGGAGUGAUGGGAGGGCUCGGGCCCCACGCCUACACGGCUUCUAAGCACGCGAUUGUGGGAUUAACAAAGAACGUUGCAUGUGAGCUAGGGAGGUACGGGAUUAGGGUUAAUUGCGUUUCUCCAUUCGGUGUGGCGACAUCGAUGCUUGUUAAUGCGUGGAGGGGGGACGGAGGAGGGGACGAGGAAAUGGACAUGUAUUUUGAGACGGGGCCGAAUGAGAAGGAAGUGGAGCGAAUGGAGGAGUUUGUGAAAGGGUUGGCGAACUUGAAGGGUGAGGCUUUGAGAGCUAAGGAUGUUGCGGAGGCAGCUCUUUAUCUUGCUAGUGAUGAAUCCAAGUAUGUUAGUGGUCAUAAUCUUGUUGUGGACGGGGGAGUCACUUCCUCUAGAAAUUGUGUGGGUUUGUAAUAAUAUUGUGACUAGAUUAUUUAGUAAAUAAAAAGGAUCAUUUAGUUUG